AUGGGUUUGAAUGUGAAGGACAUUCACCUUCGUUUGUUCAAAGUGGUUCAAGAUUCAACCAAGUCUAGUUACUCAUUUAUGCGAAGGCAUCCACUGGUUUCAGGUGCUUCAUUAGUAUGCUUCAUCCUAUAUGUAUUCCUUUCUUAUAUUUACAACUUAUUGGUUUACAUGUCCCCUUUCCUUGUGUGUGCUGUUAUUUUCAUUAAAAUAUUUUGGAGUUCUGAGCAAACUCAACUCAAAUAUGUCAAAACAAAUGAGGAAAAAGGAGGGCAGAAAAAGGUUGAACCAAAAUGUCCAAAGAUACCAAACAAUAGGAGACCUGAGAUGCUUUAUAAGUAUCCAUCACAAAAUGCCACAAGUAGAAGGAGAAACUUUAGGGACAAGAAUUGGGAUGUGUAUGGUGGUUUAGAGGAAAAGGCCAAGGAUUUGUCAGCAGUUUUUCAUAAUGAGUUCACUAAAAGAAACAUAGAGAAAAAAGGGGCCAGAUAUUUUGAGAAGGGAGAGAGUGCUUUGGAUAAUAGGUUGUCAACAAAAAAAACUCAGGUUCCUAAGAGGCAAAUCUUGAGAUCUGAACCUUCAAUGGUUGACUUGGUGGAAUGUAGUGAUUUAGAGAUAGAGAAAAAGAUAGAGGAUGGAGAUGACGAGGAUGGGGAAGAAACACAGGAGGAAAGUAACAAAGCUAUAGAAUGGACAGAAGAUGAUCAGAAAAACCUUAUGUAUCUUGGCAAUUCAGAAAUGGAAAGAAACAGAAGGUUAGAGAAUCUCAUAGCCAGAAGAAGAGCAAAAAAGCUAUUUAAGGGGCAGGUUGAGAAGGGUCAAAUUGAUAAAAAACCAAUGGCACCAGUGCUUACUAAAAGAAGCAAUCACUUAGAUUCCUCUUCAAAGGACUUUGAUGAUGGUUUAGACAUGCCUGGUUCUGCUCCAUCUCUUAUGCCAAGAAGUCCUUCUGACAAUCCCUAUGAUCCUUCUGAGGAGAAGCCUAACCUCACAGGAGAUAGUUUCCCUCAAGAAUUUUCUAGUCAGAAGUACAUGCCAUUUAGCAGGCAUGAAAGCUUCAUUUCAAGCCACCUUUUCCCAUCAGAAACCAAACAUGACCAUGGAGCUAGAGAGCACUAUUACUUUAAUAAAGGAAGGAAGUAUUCUGAUAGACUUGCAUACUCAAGAUUCAGAAGACCUCAUACAGAUAAGGGAACUCACGAUUGGCUAAUUGACCAGUUGAUAUACAAUGAAAGUGGUGAAAAUGGAUUGCAUACACCUAAUCCUCCAACAACAAAUGGAGAGGAAUCAACACAUGAGGAGGAUGGAAAAUGUAUAACUGAUAUGGAAAACACGAUAGAUGAGAAUGAUCAUGAAACAAAAUCCAUGUCAGGUCAAAUAAGUGAGCCAGGAUCAGAUAGAUCACGGCCAUGGGCAAGGUUCCCUAAGCCUCACGCGAGGCUCCUUAGUUUUCCAGUAUCUACUACUGCUACUACUUAUAUUACUAAUAUAAAUGAAGCUUUGUAUGACACUGUCACAUCUGUAGUUGAUAAGAGGCAAGAAAGUAUGUUUUUAAACCAUGGGAGAAAUUGUCACACCCCAACAUAUUCUAUAGCUUCUGACUUACAAGUGGAGGUUUCUGAAGUUGGUUCACCAACAUCAACAGUUGGUGAGAAUGCUGAGACCAACUCAUCCAUUGAUAGAGACUCUAUAUUCUAUGAUGGGGACAUUGGUAGAGAUGUUAGUUCUGGUAGUGAAGAGUUGUGGGGAGCCUCAUUCCAUGGAGGAAAAGAAGCACGAGGAGUUCGAAGUGAGGCGGAUAAUAAUGCCGAAGUUAACAACAAUUCGAAAGAUGUUGUUUCAUCAACUACUCCGCGACAUAUAGAUGAAAAUGCAGCUGAUGUCAGCUCAAUGUCCUCAAAAUCUGAUGUGCCUGAAGAUACUCCAACUAAUGCAAUAAAUAAUCAUCAUAACUUCUUUGGUUAUAUGAAAUAUCCAGUUGGGGAAACUGAAGCACCACAAUCUUCCAAUUCUUCUCAUGCUUUGGAUCAAUUACCCAAUGAAGCACACUCAGAAAGACCAGAGGAAUGGUGCAACAUGCUAGAGAAUGUAACAAAUGAGGAACAAGUUAUCAAUGAUGUGAACAACUCAACAAGCACAGAACAAGAUAACACAGAGAACUUAAGAAGUAAUGAAGAACCAAGCACAUUGGUGAUGCGACAAGAAUCAAUUGAUGAAACCUCCAAUUCCUCAGUUUCAUCAUCACCAAGGUCUGUGUUACCUGAGAAAACUAUGUCAGAUGACGUUUCACCGUCAACUUUUGAUCAAGACCUGCAUAUAGAUGUUCAACAAUUUAUCAUGGAGGGUUUGGCCCAAGAAACUUUAAACAGUGAAAGUCCAACUGGCACAAUGCCUCAAACUAUUCAGCCGACGAUGGAUGAGACAACUGAUGAAUCACAUAAUGUUGACUUCAAUCAUUCUCAGGAGCAGACUAAUCCCUUAGAGAAUUCUAUUGAAGAAUCAAAUGUGUUUGGCAGUAUGAAUGAUGAAGAAGUCAGCAAUAUGGAAGAGGAGGACAAGUCAAAGAAUGAUGAGAACAGUGAAGGCAAUUCUGACCACCUAAAUACACAAGCUACUACAGAAUCCGCAAGACCAAUAAGUGAGAUAACAACUUUAGAGGAUACGGUGUUAUCAACAGAGCUGAUUGAAGAUGGUAAGAAUGACAAACCAUCAAGUAGUAGUAAUAUUCAAAAGGAGUGCAGCGACAAAAGG